CGCAGGCAGCCGACGUUGGCGGCGGAGAGGCGGCCCGGGCUCACUACAGCAUCCCGGGGAUUCUACACUUCCUCCAGCACGAGUGGGCUCGGUUCGAGGUGGAGCGGGCCCAGUGGGAGGUGGAGCGGGCCGAGCUGCAGGUUCUCAAGCAGCUGCCGGGCCUGUUGGAGAUCGGGGCCCAGUCAGGCAUCAGGUGGUUUUGCAGCUGGAGCCGUAAUUAUUCUAUUUGGCUUGAUCUUUGGUAGUUUGUUUAGUGUGGUCACUCUGUAGGUGAAUCCUUACAUCUCUUCAUACUGGAGCAGCACUGGUUCUGUUUUUACGGAUGUACUGAACAUGGCUCCUGGGUUUGUUUGGUGUAAGGCUUUUCCUUCAGUUCCUUUAGGCCAAGAACCUCAGACCACCCUCUUCAACCUGCUCUGCAUAUUCGCUUUGUCAGCGAAUUUUACAAAGCUGGACAGAAGAGCUUCAGCAGGACAUUUAUAGGGAGACCCAAAUGGCAGAAAAACCAAUGCCCCAGCAACAGAUGUAGGAUUUUCGAAAACAAACCCUAAAGCUUCACAGGAUGAGCUAAUGGUUGUGCCCAUAGCUGUACCAGGUUCUGGUCCAGAGGAAGGAUCACAGGCCAACCUGUAAAUAGACCGCAGACUUUUGUCUGGUGAUUUUUACUGUGUGUGACAUGCAAUGAAGCAGGAAAACAAAGCUUUAAUUUGCUGCUUCAGUCGUAGUCCGUCUGCCUCUGUGUUUGGCCCGGGUUCAGCCUUAGUGUGAAUCCACUGCAGAACCUCUGUGGUGCAGCUGAGCUCAGAUAAAAGAACUCCGCUGAUGUCUGCUGGCACUUCCCAUCACCACGACACAGUAGGCUAAGGGCUGUGUCAAUGCGAAGCGGCAGGCUCAGAUCGCCUUCCUUCAGGGCGAGCGCCGAGGGCAGGAGAACCUGAAGAAGGACCUGGUGAGGCGGAUCAAGAUGCUGGAGUAUGCCCUCAAACAGGAGAGGGCCAAAUACCAUAAGAUGAAAUAUGGGACAGAACUGAACCAGGGAGAGAUCAACCCUCCAAGCUAUGAUUCAGAUGAGGGCAAUGACAGCGAGGUUCCCAGUCCUCCCAGCAGCACCCAUCAGCUCAGCUGGAAACAAGGACGCCAACUGCUCCGACAGUACCUGCAGGAGGUCGGCUACACAGACACCAUCCUGGAUGUCAAGUCCCAGAGGGUGAGAGCGCUGCUCGGUCUGACUGGAGACUCAGGAGACAGGUGUUCAGAGAAGAAGCCCGAGCCCAUGGUCAACGGAACCGAACCGUCCUCGCUGAAGGACAGUGGCAUGAUCAGUAAACCCGAAAUGUCCGACUCAGCCACCGUCUUGGAGGCCUUUAAAUUCAUAGAGAGCGCAGCAGCAGAGUUCAGUGACGAAGACGAGGAUGAGGACAGCGUAGGCAGGGACAGAACCCUCCUGGACCUGGCUGCAAUGGUAAUGAAGAAACCGUCGUCCACGCCGUCUUCCUCCACCUCUGAUCUCAGUGACGACCCCGACACGGAGGAGGCUCUGAAGGGUUUUGACUUCUUGGCGAGUCCAGAUGAGCUGGAUGCAUCCCCAGAGUCCAGGAGCAGCGAAGAUAGCGGAGACUGGGAGAAGAAAGCUCCAUCUCCUCUGGGUGAAGUGUCCUGGGAUGUGGACCAGGGGCUGAUUGCCCAGUUGAAGGAGCAGUACAAGAAGGAGCGCAAGGGCAAGAAGGGUGUGAAGAGACCGAACCGUUCAAAGCUGCAGGACAUGCUGGCAAACCUGCGAGACGCAGAAGACGUUCCCCCCGUGACCCCCCCCUCCCGGCCCAGUGUGCCCAGACUCAGUGAGCAUGAAGUGGGACGGCCAGACGACGAGGCCAUGACGUUCCUGCCAUCGCCUGGGAAGUCCUUCAUACUGGGCAGGGUUGACGAAGCGGUUUCUACCGAGCUGGGACUCGGGGAACUGGCCGGACUGACCGUGGCCAAUGAGGCCGACAGUCUGACGUACGACAUCACCAGUAACCAGGACGCGCUGAGGAAGACCUGGAACCCAAAGUUCACGCUGCGCAGCCACUUUGACUCGGUCCGCAGCCUGGCCUUCCACCCGGUUGAGCCGGUUCUGGUCACUGCCUCCGAGGAUCACACCCUCAAACUUUGGAACCUACAGAAGACCUCCCCUGCCAAGAAAUGUGCUGCUCUAGACGUGGAGCCCAUCUACACGUUCCGGGCCCACAGCGGUGCCGUGUUGUGCGUCACCAUGAGCUCCAGCGGGGAGCAGUGUUUCAGUGGGGGAGUGGACGGCACCAUCCAGAGCUGGAACAUGCCCGAGCCCAACAUCGACCCCUACGACGCGUACGAGCCCUCAGUCCUGCGGGGGGCACUGUGCGGCCACUCGGACACCGUGUGGGGCCUGGUCUACAGCUCGGCCCAUCACCGCCUCCUGUCCUGCUCGGCUGACGGCACGGUUCGGCUGUGGGGCACCUCCGACACCUUGCCAUCCCUCGCGGUGUUCAACGAGAGAGGAGAACUGGGCGUUCCGACCUCAUUGGACCUGGUGAGCAGCGAUCCGGCCCACAUGGUGACGUCGUUCACAAGCGGACACAUCGGGCUCUUCAACAUGGAGACUCAGCAGCUGGUGCUGAAGCUGGAGUCGGCCGGGCCACCAGAAGCUCCCUGCAAGAUCAACAAAGUGCUGAGUCAUCCCACGCUGCCAAUCACCAUCACAGCUCAGGAGAACCGGCACAUCCAGUUCUUCGACAACAACACAGGUAAACUGAUCCACUCCAUGGUGGCUCACCUGGACUCUGUGACCAGUCUCGCUGUGGAUCCCAACGGAUUGUACCUCAUGUCUGGAAGUCACGACUGCUCCAUCCGUCUGUGGAACAUGGAGAGCAAAACGUGCAUCCAGGAGUUCACUGCCCACCGCAAGAAGUUUGAGGAGUCGAUCCAUGAUGUGGCGUUCCACCCCACCAAGUGCUACAUCGGCAGCGCCGGCGCCGAUGCGCUAGCCAAGGUCUUUGUAUGACCUGAACCGGCUCUGCAUCCUACUGGGGCGAGUGGAGAGCGUCUGCCCGCAGGACUCCAAGCAAACAAACCUGUUGAUGACGAUGCAUGAAGGAACCUUGAGUAGAUUUUCCUUUGUCUUUUUUUCCCUUGUUCCUCAGCAGGUACAAAUAAAGCACCGCUCUCCAGCCCGACCCAAAUGCUCCAGAAACGCUCCGCCUCUGUCCGCUGCCGUCAUAACGUGCCUUUUCUCUGCAGAGAGUUCAUCCUUUAGGUGUUAGAGACGAGAAGAUGUGGGUUCAGCUUUGCCUCCUACAACAAACUACCAAGAUUUGUUUUUUGGGUCAGAACCCACACAUGGACCUGACUCCACAUGGAACGUGGUGGAUUGUUGCUUUUAAACUGAUUUGCUCUUUUUUCUUUUUUCUUGACCUGAAAUAAGUUUAGGUUGUGCCUGAAGGAGACAACUGGGUUUGUAGAGAUCAAAUGAUCAAAGGAACUGCGCUGUAGGCGGCAAAAAGGUCAAAGGUCAUAGCCCUGAGCUGGCCCUGGGACUCGCAUGAGGACGAGCCUUCUUUGAUGAUGGAAAUGCUUAAAGUUAGAGAAGUUUAACUCUCUGAUGCUAAAGGCUUAGUGACUGAGACCCCAUCUCGUCUCUAUGUAGGCGAUUCUUUCAAUCACAAAGCAAAUUCUGAAUCAAAAUAGUUUGGGUCUGAUAAGCACCAGCACCAUAUAGUGCUGCCAACCAGCAAGAACUGGCCCGUCAGAGGCAGGUUCUCUCUGACGCCUGCAUUGUAAGAAGGAAGAGGUUGCUGUAGAUGAAGCUUGGCUCAGAGCAGCUAGUCUGAAGAGGUCGAACCGAACCAGGCUAGUUCCCACCGCAGCACACAGAUAUAAGAUGCUUUCAUUGACCCGGAUCUGUUCAGCACCGUGGUGUUUAGGCCCAGAGGUUGCAGAGUCCUUUCGAUUACAUGCAGUUUUAUUCAGAUCUGACCACGACUUGCUUCCUGUUGAACCGGAGACGUGUUGCUGCUAAUGCUCAUUAGCUCGUCCAGUAGUAGAUUAACCCGUAGGUUUGUAUAUGUUUAUAUGCCAACUGCCUGAAGAGACAGUAUUUUGUGUAUCUAUCGGGAGCAGUUACUAGUUUUUUAAACCUUUGGUGACAGACUCAUACGACAUAGCAGCUACAACUGAUCUCCUCUCUGUUCAACUUGAAAGGUGAUGUUAGUGGUGUCUGAGGGUUAGUAGAAGUUCACUUACACAACACUACACACCAGGUUUUAUUUUUGCUUUUUACCAAACGAUUGGACGUGUAAAAUGAGGAGACAUUUGUGUACAGUUUUUAAAGCAGAUCUAUUUAUUAACUUGGGGUAAAGGUUGUAUUAAAGACAAAAGGAUCAUUUAUCGGCAUCAACCUGAGCAGAACAAACACAGCCUUCAGUGUCAGUUCAGCUUUGUCUGGUUGAGCCUGGACUCACUCAGACAGGCACAGCGCUUGGAUCAUUACAGGUUAAUCAGGAACCAGACGUAUCAAACUGACCCUGAUUUAACUUUUAGUGUUUUAUUUCGUCGUCUGUCAUGUUUUAGAUUUGAUUAUAACAAAUGGCAGAGACGGAGGCAGCUCCGAAACUGUCUGGUGUAAACUAUGAGAUUAUAGAAGCCAGUGCAGCUGUGUGUGAAGUGCAUCCAUCCAGUGGUUGGUCUUCUGUCAUGGUUUAAUAAAGGAAUAUGUUGUGUA